AUGCAUUUUUACGCACGUUCAACGUUGCUUUGCUUGCUCGAUAGUUCGUGAAUUUAUUUGUUCAGGUUAAUAUGUGAUGUGAUCGACGCGUCGCCGGUUUUAUCCAAAAUAUGUAGAUAACGAAUAGUCGAAUACGUUAUCUUUGCGUAGUGUAAUAAUUGUGAACUCGAAAAUUCGUGUCGUAAUUCUUUCGUCGGCCUUUGAAUUAUAUUCGUAUUGGUUUUCAGUUCAGUUUUUGGUCGGUGUCAGCUAGGUGAACGAUUGUGGUGUGGUGUUCCUCGCAAUAUCUUUGUACGAAUCGGUGAUUUUUCGUGUCUUUUGUUUGAAUAGCUCGUUGUGAUAAUGCCUUAUGUGAAAUGCAUGAUCGUACGUACAUGAAAGUAAUUCGAGAUAAAUCGUGAAUUCAAUUCGUCGGGUUGAUUUUCUGUUCAGUUGAACAAUCAAAUUUGAGCAAUUUUUAAUUCUUAAUAGUUUUGGUUUUCAUUAAAAUUUUUCUAAUCGGUAUGAAAUUGUUCAAUUGAUUCGAUCCGAGAAAGUUUGAGAUAUUUUUCAAUUUUGUAUUUGAAAUUUCGGCUUUUCAAGUUCGUUCGUUGCUCUGUGAUGGUGAACUGAAGCAGUUGAGUUGGCCGGUUCGCGUUGUUGGAAAGUGAAAAAUAAUAUGGUAUCCCUAUGCAAGCGCUGAUCAGUUGUUUGAUAAAAUCAACUUCGCUGUGAGAAUCUUCAAGUCACCAGCGCCGCAUUCAGUGAUAACUUUGAAAGUUCCCUGCACUACCUGCUCCUUCUUACUUCUACCUGUAGGUGUCAACUUCAUUCUAGCGACGCUGAUCACCGCAAGCUGAACAUCUCCCAUCAACCAUGACGACGAUGACGACACACCCGUACGCCUCCUUCGAUCACAACGAUCAAAACUAUUUGGAUUAUUUGCCAAGCGUGAUAAGCGCGAACGUAAUCUCGAUAAUUGGUUUCGGAAUAUCGAUAUUGUUACUUUGCACGCACCUAAUUGUGUAUUCGAUCACAGAAGACAUGUGGACAUUGACGGGCAACAGUUUAGCGUCAUUUUGUUGCUCGCUAUUGCUAAGCUAUUGCGCCUACAUCGGCGGUAUGGUGGUGCACGACACGAGUACACCUUGUGCGAUCGUCGCUCUAUUAGCAUUCUACUUCUUCUUGUCCAAUUCGUCGUGGCUCUUGUCGAUCUCGCUGCAGCUUUACAACUCGUCAUCCAGUCGAGCCAGGAAAUCGCAGCAAUCUUCCUCAACCACGUGGGCUUUCGUCCGGUACUCUUUGUUCAGCUGGGCAGAGCCUGCUUUGAUUCUGGGCGCAGCUCUGUACAUCGAAUCGUACAACUUCAACGCUGCCGGUUCGGCGUUCAAAAUGCCGAAAAACUUACGAGUCGAUAUAUUCCCACCCGAGACGAACUGCUUCAACAGGAACGUUUCUGUUCUAAUCUGGUUCCUAGUUCUGUUCAAUGUUAAUUUAAUCGCCACCUUUAUCAUAUCCGCUGUGACAGCUUUCGCAGUAUAUAGAAACGGUAAUCGACGCAGACUCGAUGCUGAUACCGAUCCUGGCAAUGACAACGAUGAAGAUUUUUUCACCGUGCUUAAGUACUACAUGAGACUGAGCUUGUUGGUAGGAUUCGUUUGGAUCGUAGGCAUGUGCAUGAUUCAUUUCAAGGGACACAUCUUACAAAUCAUCUUCGCCAUAUCGAACGCCGCACUUGCCUUGUACAUUUUUCUAGUAUUCACUUUUAAUAAUAAGUUGUCCAGUAUCGCGUUUAACGAUGAUCGCAAAUCCUAUGAUAUGGAAACUUUUCAUAGACAUUCGCACGAACAUCAUCGAAGCCCGGCCAGAAGUUCCGACGUUUGAAAAGUGCAUCACAUCUGGUUGCUUUGAUGCCUGCUCAAACGAACCACUGAGAUUUACCUAUCUAUCUACUAUCGCUGAUUAAAUUGUAACUUUUGUACCAGUAUUGAAACAGCGAAUCGUCUGAUCUUCCUUGUCUUUGCUCAUCUUGGGUAAUUGAUGGACACCUUGAAAUUAUUGAAAUCGAUUACCUAACCUAUGUACUACUCGUAUUUAUCAUAAAUUAUUUUUUUUUAUCGGCUCUUCCAAUUUCAAUUGCUCGCAAGCACAAUUAAUUUUAUGUAAUCUUUUCAAAUCGAUAUUUUGUUGUUGACGAAUUUUAAAAAUGUGGUGCAAGCAUACGACACUUUAUCUUUAACUACUAACUCAUAUUUGGCGGUAAUACGUGUGCCAAUAAAUUACAAUCAUGAUCAUGAUACUAGUCGUUCCUCGCAUUUCAACGCUUGAUUUUUUACCAAAAUUAUCGAGUAAAUUGUUUAUUUUUUGUUCAUAAACCUUUAGGUAUACCUACUUAUUUAUUUAGUCUAUUCAUUUAUUCAUUUGUGUAUCGUCAUUUAUUAAUCAUUAGGUUCAUUUUUUUCUUAACAAAAUACAAAUUUUUACAUUUUUAA